AUGAGAGCGAGAGUGAUAGUGUUUCCUGUUAGAGGGAGGAACUGGUGCUUCAGCAGAUCCAUUGAGCCUCUGGUUUCAGACUCUGCCUCUCAUAUUCCUUCAACUCUCAAAGGCCUCUGGAAAAAGCUCUCUUUCUCUUCCAAUACCAAUGCCAAUGCCAAUGCCAACCCUUUUGCUGCCAACGCUGAGCUCCUCGUUGAUUUUGUCUCUACCAAGAUGAACAAUGCCUGGAUGGGGCUGGAGAAGGCGCCUCAGGGAACUUUUAAAAACAAGCUUCAUGGGUUGGGAUUGAAGCUGUUAGCUCGCGUUAAGCCUUCUGAGAUUUUUCUGAAAUCAAUCUCUAAUGAGAUCACGGGUGUUGAAGUUACAUACCCUUCAAGCUUAAAUGCACGGCUUGUCCGUAGGAGGUUACGACAUAUAGCUAUGAGGGGAUCUAUCAUACACAAAAAGUACUUAUAUGGUUCGUUUACGUUGCUUCCUCUGACAUCUGCAUUUACUGUUUUGCCUUUGCCUAAUAUUCCCUUCUUUUGGUGUUUAUUCCGUACUUACUCUCAUUGGCGAGCUCUACAGGGAAGCGUGAAGCUCCUUCAGCUAGUCUCAGAUAGCCAUGACACUCCCAAUUCUACUCUCGAUGGAAAUGAAACUGAGCACAUUAAAUCACAUGGACGCAAAAAGAUACAUGAUUCUCCAUGGGUUUUGCAGCCGUCUAAAAAACUUGAGGAACUUCUUCAUCAUGGAGAUGAGCAAGACGGUCUGAAAAAACCUGCUAUAUUAGAUAUCUGCAAAACCUUUGAAUUGAACACUAAUGAUGUUCUGAAAUACAGAGAUUCAAUGUAG